AUGGCGACUGCAGAACCAAUUGUCUACCACAUCAAGCCAACAAAGCUGAUUCCUAACUCUCCAAAACCACUAUUAUAUUAUAAAGGCUUCUUCCUUCGGGAUGGGAAAGUUGACCCUCUUCUCAUAUAUGAUACUUUUAUGAGCAAUGGAUGGGAGCCGCGAUGGGUUACCAGAUAUGGUACCCACCAAAGAUCACACUACCAUGGGACAACUCAUGAGGUGAUGGCCAUUUUGUCCGGUCCGGGAGCAAUCCGUUGGGGAGUCGCAGAUCUAGACGACGAUCCGGACAAGCAUACCUACGGCGGUGCGAACGAGGAAGGCGGCCUCGAUAUGGAAGUGGACGUCGGUGACGUUUUUGUCAUACCGGCUGGAGUCACGCACAAGAAUUACAACCCCAAGGCAACCCAGUUUGAUGCUCAGCCUUUGACCGGAGGGGAGGCUCAUUAUAUUGAUUCCCCAGAGCCGCGAAAGUUAGUCGGACAGCUGCCAAUGACAGAGUUUACCAUGCUGGGGGCAUAUCCGAAGGGAUUCUCAUGGACCUGGGAUGAGGGAGGAGAUGAUGUCGGUCGGUAUGAGUCUGUAUGGAAUGUUCCAACUCCCAAGCUAGAUCCUGUUGUUGGUGAAAAGGGUGGGAUCAAUAAAUACUGGCGCACGGAGCCCAUAAAGGCAAAAUUCUGA